CAUCUUCUUUUGUCUUCCAACUCAAUUCCCCUUUUCGUUUUUCUUCCGUUCAUCUUUGCUGUUUUCAGCCACUCAUAUUCUCUGUAGACAGCCAAUCUCGUCCUUCCUUUAAAGCACUUGUCACUUUUCCUUCUUUAAAAAAUUUUCUUUAUUCAUCAAAUACCACCACACUCUCUCUCUCUCACAAGUCUCAAUCUUCAUAGAAAGCCUUCAGAAAGGUGAAAACUAACAAACCCAUUUUUCCAGACCUCAAAAUCGAUCAGUUUCUCUCUUUAAAUCUUUUGACAGCUUCAUCCAUUCUCCCCAAAUUCCCCGACCCUUUUUUUAAUUCCUCUGCAACAAAUCCAUCUGGGAUAGAAUUAGAGAGAAAGAAAUGAAGGAGUUUUGGACAUCUCUGGCUUCUUUGAUGGGUCUCUUGGCCUUCUCCCAGGGAAUCCUACAUUCCCUGUUCCCGCCAGAGCUUCGUUUUACCCUUCUGAAGCUCUUCACUCGUACCUUCCAAUGGUUCUCCUCUUACUGCUACUUUGACAUCACAGAGAUCGAUGGUGUCAACACAAACGAGCUGUAUAAUGCAGUUCAACUCUACCUCAGCAGCUCUGCGUCAAUCACAGGCAACCGUUUGAGCCUCACUCGAGCCAGGAAUUCAAGUGCCUUCACAUUUGGGCUAUCAAACAACGAUUGCUUGGUCGAUACAUUCAAUGGCGUCACAGCAACUUGGGAGCAUGUGGUCACACAGAGACAAUCUCAGAGCUACGCUUGGAGACCUCUUCCUGAUGAGAAGAGAGGGUUCACUCUUCGAAUCAAUAAGAAAGAUAAGAUCUUGAUCCUUGAUUCUUAUCUUGAUUACAUCAUGGAGAAGGCCAAUGAGAUCAGAAGAAAAAAUCAAGAUCGACUUCUCUACACAAAUUCUCGAGGUGGAGCUCUUGAUUCUAGGGGUCAUCCAUGGGAAGCUGUGCCAUUCAAGCACCCAAGUACUUUUGAUACAUUGGCCAUGGACCCUGCAAAAAAAGCUGAAAUAAUGGCUGAUCUUCGAGAUUUUGCAGAUGGGCAAUCGUUUUAUCAGAACACAGGGAGAGCGUGGAAGAGAGGUUACCUUCUAUAUGGCCCUCCUGGUACAGGGAAAUCAAGUAUGAUUGCAGCCAUGGCUAACUACCUGGGUUAUGAUAUUUAUGAUCUUGAACUCACCGAAGUUCAUAACAAUUCAGAGCUUCGGAAGUUACUGAUGAAGACGACAUCUAAAUCGAUUAUUGUGAUCGAAGACAUAGAUUGCUCGAUCAAUUUUACGAAUCGAACUAAACCUGCAUCUGUAAGGAGAGCUGCCUACCAAGACCCUCUGGCACCAGACCUGCGAGCUGGGUCUGUUGAAGAUGGUGGAAAUUCGAUUACGCUUUCUGGUUUACUUAAUUUCACAGAUGGGUUGUGGUCGUGUUGUGGUAGUGAAAGGAUUUUUGUGUUCACGACGAAUCACAUCGAGAAGCUUGACCCUGCAUUGCUGCGUAGUGGGCGUAUGGAUAUGCAUAUCUAUAUGAGCUUCUGUUCUUUCCCUGCAUUGAAGAUUCUGUUGAAAAAUUACUUGGGAUUGGAUGAAGGAGAUGUGGAAGAUGGGAUUUUGAUGAAUUUAGAGGAGGUAAUUGAUGAAGCCCAUAUGACUCCAGCUGACAUAAGUGAGGUCUUGAUCAAGAACAGGCGCGAUAAGAAGAAAGCUCUGUUUGAAUUAUUGGAGGAAUUGAAGAACAGGUCUGAAAGGAGACAUGCAGUAGGAGCGGCUAGGGAGAAGAAUUCGACGGAAAUGGAAGAAGAAGAGCAGGAGAAGAGGGCCUUGGAAUGUCCAAUAGAGGAUUGUGAGAUGCCAGUGAAAUACAGCAAGGAAGAAGAUAAGGAUCAGAAGGAGAAGCUUAACUGAUUCAAUUGAAUUCUUUUCUGUGGGGAGAGUUAGGAU